CUGGGACCUUUGCCUCCCUCUGAUAAGUGCAGUUUUUAUCUUAUCUUGCCCCAAAUAAGAAGCAAUCAGUCGAUCUGAAUAACCGAAGCCUGACAUCCAGCUCGACCCUCCUCCCCACGUACGGCCCAUCCUCCUCCUCCUCCUUUUCCUCCUCGCUGGCCGUUCAGCUUCUUAUUAGUCUCACGCCUUAUCAGCUGCCUGCCAAACACCGAACCAUCUCCUGGACCGGGACCAGAUAAUCUCUAUCAACCUCUUCUCUCCAUCUUGAUCAUGUCCUCAGUGCUCCAGAAGCUGAUCAGCCCCCAGGCCGGCUCUGGCUCCGAGCCCCCCAGGAACAAGGUGACCGUGGUGGGAGUGGGUCAGGUGGGCAUGGCCUGCGCCGUCAGCAUCCUGCUGCGGGACCUUUGUGACGAGCUGGCUCUGGUAGACGUGAUGGAGGAUCGUCUCAAAGGAGAGAUGAUGGACCUGCAGCACGGCAGCCUCUUCCUAAAGACCUCCAAGAUCGUUGCCGAUAAAGAUUACGCCGUGACCGCCAACUCUCGCCUCGUCGUGGUGACGGCCGGCGUUCGCCAGCAGGAGGGAGAGAGCCGCCUCAACCUAGUGCAAAGGAAUGUCAACGUCUUCAAGUCCAUCAUCCCUCAGAUUGUCAAGUACAGUCCCAACUGUACUCUCAUCGUGGUGUCCAACCCCGUCGAUGUUCUGACCUAUGUCACCUGGAAGCUGAGCGGUCUGCCCAAACACCGUGUUAUCGGCAGCGGUACCAACCUGGACUCGGCCCGCUUCCGCUACAUGAUGGCUGAACGCCUCGGCAUCCACUCCAGCUCCUUCAAUGGCUGGGUGCUGGGCGAGCAUGGAGACACCAGCGUUCCGGUGUGGAGUGGCGCCAACGUUGCAGGAGUCAACCUCCAAAAGCUGAACCCAGACAUCGGUACUGAUGCUGAUAAGGAGCAGUGGAAGGCAACACACAAGGCUGUGGUGGACAGCGCCUAUGAGGUGAUCAAGCUGAAGGGUUACACCAACUGGGCCAUUGGCCUGAGUGUGGCUGACCUGACGGAGAGCAUCGUGAAGAACAUGAGCCGAGUCCACCCGGUGUCCACUAUGGUGAAGGACAUGUACGGCAUCUCGGAGGAGGUCUUCCUGUCCCUGCCCUGCGUCCUGAACAGCAGCGGCGUCGGCAGCGUGGUCAACAUGACCCUGACCGACGGAGAGGUGGCUCAGCUGAGGAAGAGCGCCGACACGCUGUGGGGCAUCCAGAAGGACCUGAAGGACCUGUGAGCACCCCCCACGUCUCUGACACUCCUUUUCUAAUGGCCCCUCAGACCGGAUCGCUCUCAUGUUAAAGGAUGAGAGCAGGUUUUUCUCUGCAUCCCACCAUCUCCUGUAAAACGAAUUUGUUGCUGUUAGUGUGUUUGUGUUAGCAGGUGUCGGGCGAUCCAUGAUCGUGUUUUCUGUAGGUUUUGGAAUCAAACACUCCUUUAUUUAGCUUCCUGCAGGGAAUCACUGGGAAUGUUGUCCUCCAUCUUGGUUUGGAAUGGUGGCGGAGGAAGGGAGGAGGUGAUGGAACAUGUUCCUGUGUUCUCCUCUUCUGUCUGAACAUCCAUGUGUGACCCAAUAAACCUGAAGCUCACA